ACUCGGGUGUUUGUUCCACUCAUCCACAACUCUAUUACCAAACCAGUACUUUCCUAUAUGCUUCCUGAAUCUGAAUUUUUCCAACUUAAAACCACUGCUGCGAGUCCUGUCUAGGCUAGAUAUUUUCAGCACGCUAUUUACAUCCCCUUUAUUUAUUCCUGUUUUCCAUUUAUACACCUCAAUCAUAUCCUCCCUAGUUCUACACCUUUCUAGAGAGUGCAGAUUCAGGCCCCUCAGUCUAUCCUCAUAGGGAAGGCUUCUGUUACAUGGGAUCAACUUUGUCAUCCUCCUUUGUACGUUUUCCAGAACAUUUAUAUCCAUUCUGUAAUACGGUGACCAAAACUGCAGUAUAAUCUAAAUGAGGCCUAACCAAGGAUAUAUAAGUUGAAGAACAACCUGAGGACUCCUAUUAUUUAUGCUUCUUGAUAUAAAGCCAAGGAUUCUGUUUGCUUUAUUGCGAACACUUAUGCGCUGUUGUCUUGGUUUCAGAUUACUGCUAACCAGAACUCCUAAAUCUUUUUCACAAUCCGUAAUAUUAAGAUCUACAUUAUUUAGUUUAUAUGUGGCAUGGUUAUUUUCCUGUGCAACAUUUAGAACUUUGCAUUUGUCUAUAUUAAACUGCAUCUGCCACUUCUCCGACCACUGCAUCAGUCUACUCAAAUCUUCCUGGAUUGCCCUAAUGUCCUCGUCAGAAUGAAUUCGACGGCCUAUUUUGGUGUCAUUGGCAAACUUGCUAUGUCGCUCUUUAUGCCCUCAUCAAUGUCGUUUAUGAACAGCAGGGGGCCCAACACUGACUCCUGUGGAAUACCCUUUUUUAUUUCUCUCUUUAACUGAAUAUAUUAAUUUCUUAAUUGCACCUCUCCUCUUUUGAUUUGCCUAUAUAUGCCUCUCUUUUGACCAGUGAGAUGUUUUAAUCUAUUGUUCAUCCAUUUAGGAUCAUUUUUGCUUGAUCUGAUUUCCCUAUUUGGAAUGACCUGACCCAUAGUCAUGUCAUUCCAGUUCAGCCCACCCAAGUAAUUUUUCAGCCCUUUGAAAUCAGCCAAGUGGAAGUCAGGGACAGAGACUUGAUUGCCAUUAUUAGGGGAAUUCCAUGAUAUAUUAAAACUGAGUGAUUUGUGAUCACUUUCCUCCAAGCUUAUCAUUAACCUCAAGAUUAUUAAUUAGCAUUUCCCUGCUGGCAAGAACCAAGUCAAGCAGGUUAUUUCCUCUAGUUGGCUCUGUCACAAACUGUUUUAAAAAACAAUCCUGAAUCGCAUCAAGAAAGUCACUUGACUCUAAAUUUCCUGUCAAAUUGGCAGGCAGGGUAGUAGGUCAUCCUGAGUUGCUCUUUAUAAAACUACAAAGAAGCCAAUAAUACAUUUUACAGAAAGAGAGACUUCUGCAAACAAGUUACAGUAACAAUGUCAAGUUGUUGUCUUACUGAGCUACCACGUGAAGUGUUGGUUUUUAUUUUACGGUGGUGCAAAGCUCGAGAUUUGGCUGCUCUUGCUUCAACUUGCAGUCUCUUCCAUCAGUUGACUUCAGAUGAGCAUCUCUGGAAAUAUUUAUGUUGGAGAGAUUUCAGCAUUGAUCAACCUGAGCUUGGACCCAUAGAUAAAUAUCGGAAGCUUUAUACAAACCUGCUGCACAGAUAUGGAUAUAUGUUGGGGGUCUAUCAGUCUCAAGUUGCUCCUUGUUGUGGACUCGUCGAAAUUAGGUACAAGGCUGGUUCACUGGAGGGUGUGCACUGGGAACCUUCAUUGGAGCAAAAUAUAUUGGCCCCACUAAAUGAGAGCAUUGUCUUUACUAUCGAUGGCAAUGAAGAGCCUCCUAAGUGUCUUUGUAUACCACACAUAUAUCCACACACUUGCACCUUGGAAAUUGACAAGAGGAAGGGUGUUGUGACUCAGUACUGCUCCAACUCUGGAAUGCAUGUCCAAAAAAUCGGGGACCACUUUGGAUUCAAUACUCUGGAUCUUCGUGUAGAACCAAGGAAAAUUUAUCUGACAUUUUUAAAUGAAGUGAUUGGAAGAGGUUUGUCUCAUAUGCCCUUGAUUUUACCAACUCCAAGCGAUGUCCCAGAUGCUUUGAAAGCAAAAGAUGGUUCCAUCCCAGAGCACAUAAUGACACCAGGACUCUUUCAGGGCACCUAUGGUUCACAUGGCCUGGAAUUGAUUCUCUUUAGAUACAAAGAUGAAAAUGAAAUACAUGGACAUAAGGUGACAGGUGACACCAAUGUUUAUGCAGGCAAAAUCUCAGUAAAGAUUCUCUUAAAAUACCCAAUGAAACUUUCUGUGGAAAUCCAAGGAAGUAUAUCUGCCCUGAAAGAUGUGCAGCCUAAAAUUAGUCAUACAUCCUCUGAACUUUGUGAGCAAGUUUUUAUUCUUCCUGCUGACUGUCAUAAAGCUAGUAAUACACCUUUACCCGAGAGGUGUAAAGCCAGGUUUCAUGGAUUUGGCCAAGUAGCAUUUCUUUGGUUUCAGAACCCACAUUUUGUGCCAGUCCAAGUAAUUGUGUUCAACAACGACCUUCUUGGUGUGCUUUGGUUAGAACUCGAAAAAUUUAGUCUCUAUUCUCGUAUAAAGAAAGAAUUUACCUCUAACAUUCUUCAGGUUGAUCAAAGUGUUGUAUGACUUGAGGUAAAGUAUAAAGCUAAAACUUUUGAUAAUCUAGACAGUUACCUUUUUAAGAAUUCAUUACUAACUUACUGUAGUAAUACCAUGAGUAUUUGAUAAUGUAAUGAAAAACUCAAAUAAACUCAAAUAAAUUUAC